UAGAAAGAAAAGAAACAGAAUCAUAGUUCGCAGAUGUGGUGAAGUUCGCCGAAUGUCAGGAAAACAUUUCCCUUCGCUAUUCAUUUUGUUCGGUUGUCUUGUGAAAUUCGAUAUGCAUAUUUAAUUUGUGGCCAAAUUAUUUUUACUUACCAGUAUGACCGAUAAUUCGGUGGUCGAACAGAUCAAGCACUACCAAAAAGAUAUCAUAAAAUGUCCUGAAAAUUCUAAAAGGAUGAUCCGUUGCAUUGAGCGACUGAUGGUACUACCUGUGACCAUCUCUCACCUACAAGAGACAGGUGUCGGUCGUUCUGUCAAUGAGUUACGCAAGUGUGGAGGAGAGGUCGGAGCUGCUGCUAAUGCUCUGGUCUGUAAAUGGAAAAGCAUGGUGCAAGCAGAAGAAGAUAGUGAUGCAGAGUCAGAAGUUGAAGAAGAUGUGCCCAAAGAAACUGUGCGAGUUUCCUCACCUGAUGUAAGAAACAGCCCUUCAGUAAAAAAUGAUUCGGUUGAUAAACACAAGAAACCCCAAAUCAGUGAAGAGAACAAGAAGCAAAAAACAGACCAUAGUAGUAAAAAAAGACAAUCUUCUCAUUCAGAAAGCAGAAGUUCUGAAAAAACACUUGCUGAAAAACAUGAUCAUAAGUCACACCGAAAUAAACUGUCAAGGUCAGAACAUGGAUCAGAAUCUGACUCUAAACAUAGUUCAAGUCAUAGAUCUAAAUCUGACCAUGGUUCAAGAUCCAAUAAUAGCCGUAGAUCAGAGUCCCAAUACAACGGAGAUUCUAAGACUGAAAGGCGAACUUCCAAGUCAAUAAAUAGUGAUAAUAAAUCUAGUAAGUCCACUUCAAUAGAAAGUAAAAAUGAUGAUAUUAAACAAAAUAAUUACAAAGAAAAAAGAAGAAAAGAAGAUAGUGGAAGUCGGAGCGAAAAGGAAAACAGGAGAAAAGACGAGAGGUCUCAUUCAAGUAGUAGCUCGAAGAAGUACGAUGCAAGGAGGAUUGAGUCUGAAUCCAGUGAUGAUGACAGUGUUUAUAAGCCUAGAAAUAAAAAAAGGAAAAAGUCGGAUUCUGAAGAAGACAGGAAAUCAGAAACUGAAAGCAGGGGAAGGUCAGAGUCAGAAGAAGAUAUUAAGCCUAGUGACAAAUUUAGUGGUCGUAGUAAACAUAGAGAAUUUAUAAAACGUGAGAGUUCAGAAAAAAGUGACGCAGAAAAUGAUUCUGAAGAAGAAGAAAAGAGUCCUAGUAGCGUACAUUCAUUUCCUCAAAAUAUAUCAGACAAUGAUGAGGAUAUGUCUAACAGAAGCAGCCCUAACAACAAAGGCUUAAGUGACAACGAGGUUGAAAGUGAAGGUAGGAAAAGCUCCUCAAGAUGUGAGGACAAUGAAGAAAGUAAUUCUGACAAAGAUAGUGAUUCCGAUGAAAAGUUAUAUUCCCCCGAGAGAGAAAUUUAUGUUCCAACCAAAAUUAAAAGGGAAAAAGAAAGUCCACCAAGGCAUUCUAAGUCUUUAAGUCCACAAAGGCAUUCUAAAUCUUCUAGUGAUAAAUAUAAAUCAAGUCAUUCAAAAUCUAGCCAUAGCUUAUCUCACAAAUCCAGUAGCCACAGUUCAUCACAUAAAUCGGAUAGUCGGUCUACAAAUGGAAAAAUAUCUAGUAAUAAAAAAGAGGGAAAUGAGCAUGUUAAAAUCAAGAAGGAAAAAGAAGAAAGUGAUAAUUUAAAGAAGCGUAAAGAAGAAAAGUCUAGUGAAAGCAAAACUCAUAGGUCAAGUAAUUCACAUUCAGAUCCGAAUGAAGGAAGCAGUUCUAACAAAGCUGAGAAAAAGGCCAAGAUUAAAGUAGAAAAACAAGAUGAUGGCAGUAUUGACUGUGUGUCUGGUGCAAGUUUUGCUGAUGCACUAAUGGGAUUGUCUGAACUGAAGAAAAAACAGUCACUAAAGAGAAAGUCCACACCAUCCUCACCGGAAAAGCGAUCUCGGCCUACUGAGAAAUCAAGUGAUGGGAAGUCGAAAAUCUCUAUCAAGUCUGAAACUCGCACUUCUACUUCAUCGUUAUCAUCCUCAAGUAGCAAGACGAGCUUCAAAGAGCCUGAUCUGCUGUCAAAGAAUAUAAAGUUGGAACCUCUUGAUGUGGAUCUCAAAUCCACCUUGCCGGAGAUAUCUCCGCACUACAAGCCCCUCCCCCACUACUCCCCUCCCGACAGUCCGGCUGGGAAACGCAACAAACAGCUCACUCAAGAGGAGGCCCUCAGUACGAUCAUGUCCAACAAAAACCAGAGGACAAAAGUGUUUUCUGGCAGUAAAUCAGGAUAUUUGAAGGUCCCUUCGCUGUUUGACUUGUGUAUACAAGUUUUAAGAGACAAUAUUGAAGCACUGGAGUACACUGGAGGUGUUCCUUACGACCUGUUGAAGCCUGUCCUAGACAGAGCCACAGCCUCCCAGCUGUUCCAGUUAGAGCACUACAACCCCUACCUGGUGGAGGAUACGGACGGCUUGUGGAAGUUCCAUUGCAACAAGGACUUCCGCGGCAAGGAACCCGACGAGUUUGAGACUUGGCGAGAGUUGUAUGUGCGACUGCUUGACGAGAGGGAGAGGAAGCUAGAGGCUCUGAAGGCAAACAUAACACAGUCAAUGGCCAAGAGCACUCCUGUGAGGCAGACCAAGCUGGCCUACGUCGACAGUGUGGUCAAACCUCCCAGGAACAUUGCUAAGAAACAGAUGAAGUUCGGCACAGGCAAGGCAGUCAAGCAUGAACUCGUAUCCAAGGCGAUGGUGGGGGCAGCUAGUAGCAACCCCGCACCCGCUGCAGUUCCUGUCCCCGCUCCCCCCGCCUCUGCCAGAUCUAGUCACUCCAACGCCUUCCCCAUCCCAAAUUUCUUGAAAAAGAAAAAAGCUCCCUUAAUGCAGAAAACGCUCCAGCUAAUGAAGGGUAACCGGUUCAAGAGGUGAUAGAUUAUACAAGUAAUUAAAAAAGGCUGAGUAUCCGCAGUUUCUGUAUAGAUCGGACGUAGUAGUUGACUGUGUGAGAUGACUAUUUUUGUAGUCUGAUGUAAAUAUUUUUUAUUUAUACAACCACUAAAACGGUAGUACCUAGUAAUAGUUGGAGCUGGCGGGUUGUUAUGAGUAUUUUACAAUUUAAAAUUUUAAAAAUUAGCUUUGCUGAUUUCCAGUUCCAGGAAAUGUUGUGUAAAGAUCACAUCCGUUUUUAAUGCGCUGUAAGUAGUUUGACAAAACAUUGUGAUUAAAUGUGAUUCAUCACAACUACCGUGUCACCUUGUCAGGUGUUUUACUUUGCUUUAAGUCUUUUUUCAUGUACCUUAUUUAUUCUUAUUAGUUCACAUUUUACAUUUUUAGAUUGUUAGGACCGAAUUUAAUAGGUUAAAUUUUAUGAUUAAAAUCACAGUCCUGACCAGAUUGUUUUAAAAACCAUUUUUACAUGGUGGUACAUUAGGAAUGUCGUAGAAGCAAUUGUAGAAGUAUUGUAUGUUGUAGAUAAUAUGAUUUCUUCACAUCACAAUUGAAGUUUGAACAUUUUCAAAAGCAGUGCCUUUAUUGGGUAGGUGACAGUAGCUUAAUGGAUUUUUUGUGACGUUUAAAAUCAACACAGGUAUAGGAGUGUGCAAAUAUAUGUAAACAACUUAGAGAUGAAACCUGUUUGAAGUGUAAAAUUGUGGUAUUGGUUAUAAAGAGCAACUACGUUUUAAAAUAUUAAUAGAAAGUAAAGUGGUUGAUUCAGAUUUUUUGGAGAACACGAUAGAGUAGCUAGCCUACAAGAGAAAGUUAGAAUCCAGGGGCUAAUAGAUACAUGAGAAAAAGUCAUUAGGUCCUAUAGGACUGUUUCUGAGAGUAGGUUGAAAGUCUAUGUUGAAAUUUAACUUCUCUUCAAUCUAUUCUCUGAAGAAGUCCUAUAUACACACGAGAUAUCAUUGUAAUUUUGUAUGACUUUUUAUUGUCUAGCUUUUUAUUAGCUUCUGGACUCUGACUUUCUCAUGUAGGUUCUUGCUGAACUCCGAUCCUUGUUAUUCUUGGUUUGUUGGUUACUCAUCACUAAAUUAAAAUUAUACACAAUUACUAAAAAAAUUAGGUAUAUUUGGAGCUUUCAUCAAAACUCAUCUUCAGCCUCUGGUAACAUCAUAUCAGGUAAAUAAAUAAACUAUAAUUUGUUAUGUUUGUUUAUAACUUAAUACAUGUUUGAAUUCUUUUAAGAUGAGUUUUGAUGAAAGCUCGAAAUAUACCUAUUUUUUGUUGUAGUUGUGUAUAAUUUUAAUUUAGUGAUGAGUAACCAACAAACCAUGAAUAACAUUGAUAAUUCCAUCACAAAAAAACAUACCAGAAUUCGUUUAGCUCUUAUCCUCUUCUCCGUAACGUGAACUUUCUUUGAAAUAAAAAAAAAACAUAUAUUUACAAUGAGGAAAUAUUUGUACACACCAUUUUUAGAUUUAUUUAUAGUUAUUGCCUGUUUUCAAUGAUUUCUAAAAACGUUAUUAUAUUUAUUUCAAUAUUUAUGACUUCAUUUUAAACAAGUUAGAGGAGAUAUUUUUAGCGGAAGUGUGAGCCACAUUGAGAAUAGACUGAUUUGUACCAUUUAGUAACCAUACUGCACCUUAGAUUUGCUUAAGCUUUAUAAAAAAGUUUGGUUGCCUGUUUAUAUAUAUAUAUUUUAUAUGUUCAUUGUUGUAAUUAGUAUCAUGAAUUGCCCAAACUGCAACAGUUGUGUAUAGUUCUGGCUGGAAACCAAAAUAUACCAAAUGUUAUGUAGGCUAACCAACUUGUUGGUAAUAUUGUUUGACUGUACACUAUUCUUUUGUAGAUUCUUAUAGUUUCUUGUCAUGAAAUACAGUAGGGCCUCAAUCUCGAAUUACUUGAUAUCUUGAUUUUUUUUCAUAAUCUUGAAACUUCGGUAAAUCACAAUGUUAAAAAUACCUUUAUUAGUCAAAAGUUUAAAUAUUUAACCUUAUAAGUCAAAUUUUGACUUAUUUGAUUAUUUGAGUAAUCUGUAAUACUUAAUCCUAAUCUCUUAAUUUACUCAAUCUCAAUUACUCAAAGUUUUAUCCUAUACUGUGCAAGUCAACUGUUUUUUUUAUUUUAUUUUUGUUGAGCUGUGAAAAUCCAUCUUCUUUGUUUAUUAAGCUAGUUCUGUUGUGUUUGCCUAUUAUUUAUUGAGAUUAUUAAGUGCAUGUCUGACGUCAUGUCGUCAAUGUACAAUGUUGACACACGACACAAAAGAAUAGUGAUGUAGUAAUUGUAUGACAAGGUAAUGAAAAAAGUUGAAAUUGUUUGGGAAUGUCGAAUUCCACCUGACAUCUCACACCGAUGAUAUUGUAAAACCGGGUAAAGUAUGAGCUUGAAAAUGGAUUGUUUGCAGACGUAAGUCCAAAAAAUCAAUCUCAAUGUUCAACAUAAAUUUACAAUUACUAUAGAAUAAAUUAAGUACGGUGUAUGUACUAAUAAUUGUGGUUUUUUUUCAUCAUACAUUUUUUAAAUAAACAAAGGAGUUAUUCUUUGUUAUUAUAUCGUAGUUUUUCAUGUUCUGUUCAAAAUCUAUAUUUCGUAAUUGUUAACUUGAAUUGUACCAUGCAAAAGGUUUGACUUAAGUUCUUCCAAAAUUACAAUGCAUAUUAAAUACUUUACUUAGUAUUCGCAAUAAAUUGUUUAUCUUGCUGCUACAGUUACUCUUCAGUAUGUAGAAAUAGCUUGAGCUAAUAAAGGCAUAGUGUGUCAAAUUCGCGUUAUGAAAAUCGAGACUAACAUCUUAGUUAACACUUCAGUUUCUCGAAUGUUUGGUAUUACACCUUGUUAACUCAAACCUCCUUGCUUACUCAAAAAACUUGAUAACUCUAAAUUUUAUCUUUACCCCUUCAACUUCGAGAUAUAGAGGUCCUACUUUUUACUUUGUAUGAUACUUUUCUAACACUUUUUUGAUUUGAUUGUUUCAAUUAAAGAAGUGUUUGAAAUUAAGGAAUACAAUACUGUGAAAUGCAAUUUUUUUCUCUAAUUGAUAUAAAAAUUCUAUGAUACUAAUGCUCAAUUGUAGCCAAGUGGUUUAAAUAACUUUUAUUAGCUCUGGUUUGGUUUAAAAUUAUACUUUCUCAAUUUCUUAUCUAUAUAAUUACUACAGAAGAAGCUUUAAAGCUAACAAUAAAGCUGUGUUAAACAAAUAUUGCCAACUGUUGGAUGAUUUUGAUUUAAUCUAACUCUGGAUAGUUGACAGAACUGUAAAUUUAAACUAGCGAAAAAGAUUGUGUGCAAAUUUUAGUGACUGGUUCUAACUAUGAUUGAGUUAUUCUGUAAGCUCCUUUGUGAUCUUGUGUGCUUGUUUAAUUUAUCACCAUGUCAAGUUAGUAAAUGCUAUUUAUUUAUGAAUCCUCAAUAAGUUUGAAACAUAACUGAGUUAUGUUUAUUUUUUAAAGUAUUAUUUCGAGUAAAGCGCUUGUCAUUAAGUAGCUUCCAAUUUUACACAGAAUGUUUUUAAAGAAAGCUUUAAGAUAAACUUUAUGUCUCAAGGGCUUAAAAAGUACAGUAAGAAUGUUAUACAACCUAUUUAAAAUUUAGUUUUUAGAUUCUGUGAUAUUCACUCAGGAAUGAGAGCCUUCAAAAAGUCAAUGCUGACAUUCACUUCCAUGUUUUGAUUUAAAUUAAAUAAAAUGUGUCGCCUGUAAAUCAGUUUACCUUUUAAUGACUAAUUUUAUUACAUCAGUGAAAAAAUUCUACCAUUAAAAAAUGGCCUACUUUACUUAAAAUAGUAGGAAAGACAAUUGUUAAUAAUGGACCUCUAUAAUUUGUCAUAGUUAUAACAAUGAGAUUCCUAAUAUCAUAUUA